AUCAGAUUUAAAAUAGUGGUGUUUUUCUAUUUACGUGAAAUGGCGUUCUUUAAACGUAGCAAAAUUCCAAGAAAUAAUACUUUUUACGAACGUCCGAAAUACGAACGCCAAAAUAACGAUGCAGCAGAAACGGACACAACAGACCAAAACUAUGACUCUUUCGGAAAAAUUUUUAUGUUUGGUGAAUUCGGUCCAAAUUCUAAACCGCUAAAACCACUACAAAACUAUGACCAACUACUAAAACAACAUUUGCGAAAUAAAACACGUUUCCAGGAUGCAAAUUUUCCAGCUGAACGCAUCGCUUUGACCGAUCUUCCAGAGAAAGUGGUUUGGAGGAGGCCUAGGGAAAUUUGUGAAAACGCCAAAUUUAUCGUUGAUGGGGCCACACGUUUCGACAUCGACCAGGGCCUACUUGGGGACUGUUGGUUCCUCGCAGCUAUCGCAAAUUUGACAACAAAUCCGAAAAUUUUCGAAAUGGUUGUUCCGAAAAAUCAAAGUUUUUCGGAAAAUUAUGCUGGAAUUUUCCAUUUUAGAUUUUGGCAAUACGGCCAGUGGGUUGAUAUAGUCAUUGAUGAUAAAUUACCAACAAUCAACAACCAGUUGGUUUAUUUAAAGGCGGGUGAGGGGAACGAGUUUUGGCCCCCUUUGUUGGAGAAAGCUUUCGCAAAGUUUUACGGUUCCUAUAAAAGCAUCGAAGGUGGGAGAAUUAACGAAGCUUUGGAGGAUUUAUGUGGUGGACUUUCGGAAGUUUACGACACGAGAAAUCCCGAACUUUACGAAAUAAUCCAAAUGUCGUACAAUAAAGGCUCAUUUAUGGGGUGCUCAAUACCCUCCCAAAAUGAUGGAAACGGGAAACGAUCCGAUGGUUUGGUGGUAAAUCAUGCUUACAGUAUCACCGGUUUGUAUACUUCACAAUUAAAAAACGUAACCAUUCAUUUGAUCAGAGUGCGAAAUCCGUGGGGAAGCGUUGAAUGGAACGGUCCAUGGAGUGACAAUUCUGUCUGUUGGAGUUUGGUCCCCAAGGAAACUAAACAGAAAUUAUGGGUGAAAAGAGAAGACGGCGAAUUCUGGAUGAACUUCACCGAUUUUACGGAAAAAUUCAUCUUCAUCGAGAUCUGCCACCUCAACCCCACCUUCCAGACCAACACCUUCCAGACCAACAACUGGAAGGUUUACAUGUUUGAGGACUCCUGGGGCCCAAAAAUGGCCAAAAAUCAGUAUUUGAUAACCGUAAGAGGGCCCAAAGAAACACACGUUGUGAUCGGUUUAAUGCAAAAAUUUCGCCGCGAGUUGGGACAAGACGAGUUGCCACUUGGACUCCUCCUUUAUCAGGUCCAGAAACCGUCGAAACUUGUCGAACUAAAACGAGUGGACCCGAUUAGCGAACGCCAGUUAACGGCCAGAUUUCCACUUUUUCCUGGGACAUACUGUAUAGAACCGAUUGUUGUUGGUUCUAGUGCAGAAAGCAGUUAUUUGUUGAGAGUUUAUCUAGAAAGUGGAGAUGUGAUCCGUAUUAAUUAAUUGAAACUGGUUUUAUUUUUAUUUAAUAUAUUGUUUUAUUGUAUUAUAAUUAUAUUCAAGAAUUAAUUAUACGGCGCUAUGCAUAAUAAUUGGUCAAAAAAUGUGAACGCAUUUACUUAGUUAUUAUUUAUUCUGAAAGUAACAGUGAGGCAAUCAGUGGAAGUAUUUCAUUAGUCUUACAAUAAAUAUGUUGUUAAACGCA